CGGCAUCGCCACCUGCUCUGGCCCGGCCCCCCGGCCUGACUCCGCCCCCGGGACUCGGCCGCAGUUGACGGCGGAUGUGGAGCGGAGCAUCGCGGCCUGGGGCUGGACCAGCUAUCAUGGAUCAACAUCUGCACUGCUUAAACUGUGUGAGCCGGCGUUGUAUGGUCCGGCUGGAGGAAAAUGUGUCCUGUGACCUGAUUGGCUGCCCCUUGGUGUGUGGAGCCGUCUUCCACUCGUGCAAAGCGAGUGAGCAUCGCCUACUGUGCCCCCUUGAGCGAGUGCCGUGCCUUAACAGCGAGUUUGGCUGCCCGUUCGUCAUUGCACGAAACAAGAUCGGCGAGCACCUGGAGUUCUGUCCUGCCAGCGUGGUCUGCUGCACGAUGGAAUGGAACCGCUGGCCUGUCAGCUACGCCGACCGCAAGUCUUACGAAAGCUUAAGCAAAGACUGCGAUGGGGUAGAGCAGUUGGACAUGGCGUUAGCCCUUCAGGACCAGCGCAUGCUGCUAGAAUCGCUCAAAGUCGUAACUACUGCUUCAAACACAGCUGCUAAACAGUUCAGAAACACAGAGCCAAUCCCUGUUGCUUUGGGGGUGUCAGAUGAAGCCCCUUCCAGCAGCUUGCUGUCUGCGAAUGAAGAGGCCUACAGUGAACUGUACCGAGCAACAGUUGAAACCACAAGGACUUUGGCGGUGGCCCUUGACCUCUUGAACAACGCCACGAAAGAGCCGGAGCCGGUAAACGGAAGGUUGCCCAAGGAACGGACUGAAAGGGACGGAGGUGUUCAGGUUGCUGAGGAGGAACCAGCUAAAGAACCACACUACAUGGAAAACAAUAAUGAUCUUUGCAAAAGUGGUAUAGAAGACGGAGCAGAGGGUAGUGCAGAGCACGAUCCUAUGGUGGAGGGUCAGUCGUGGAGAGACUGGAACUUGUGUAUGGAGGAGAAUGGGUUUCACACAUUGUCAGGAAUGGUAACUGGAGCAGAUGAUGAAGUAGAUGGAUGCAUUCAGGUAAAGACGAGUUCCUUGUGUAAUGGUUUCCACGAAGCAGAUGUGGAUACUUCCACGUUAGAUCGGGAGGGAAUAGACUCGUAUGAUUGUGAUCAGCAAGCAGAAGAGGUGGUGAACGGUUCAUGUCACCUAAAUGACAUUGAUGACAGUGGCAGUUCCUCGGAGCCUGAUCAGUUCUUGCCUGUGUUCGCACAGCUGCUUACCGUGGAAAGCUUGUUAAACGCAGACCAUUUUCAGGAGGGGUCCUUGCUUUCUGAUGCUUGUGGAGUGGGAAAGAUGGCCAGCAGAUGUGGGGAGCGCCAAGCACUGAAGAAUGCCACCACCUUCAAACUGCUCGAAGGCCACAAUGGUCGUCGGGCGUACCUUGGGGACAUGAAUUGGUACAGAAGGAAAAUGGAAAGCAAAGCGGUCGAUACGUCAGAUCUGGAGGUAGACGAUGACCCUCUGGAACUGCAGGGAAUAGAUCUGAUCACAGCUGCUUUGUUGUUCUGCUUGGGAGACUCUCCCAGUGGGAGAGGGAUUUCGGAUAGCCGCAGUGUUGAUGGAAGCCACGUCGAUUUAGGCACACAGACUUUCUCGUUCCCAGCGGCCAUAUUAGCUACCAAUACCAUGGUUGGAGAGAUUGCCUCGGCAUCUGCGUGUGACCACGCAAACCCUCAGCUGUCCAACCCAAGCCCUUUCCAAACGCUUGGGCUGGAUCUAGUCCUGGAGUGCGUGACCAGACACCAAACCAAGCAACGUUCUAUGUUCACUUUCGUGUGUGGCCAGUUCUUCCGGAGAGACGAGUUCCCUUCACACUUCAAGAACGUGCAUGGAGACAUUCACGCCGGCCUCAAUGGCUGGUUGGAACACAGAUGCCCUUUGGCCUAUUACGGCUGCACCUAUUCUCAGAGGCGUUUCUGCCCUUCAACUCAGGGUUCCAGAGUCAUUCACGACCGACAUCUGAAAUCCUUUGGAAUCCAACCGUGUGUACCGUCUGUUUUGUUGGACACUCACGAGGGUCGGACUCCCUGCACGGGAGCAGCAGUUGAUCAGCUGAGCAGGCUGCCCUUUGAGAUUUUGCAGCACAUUGCUGGAUUUCUAGACGGGUUCAGUUUGUCUCAGCUCUCAGAAGUUUCACAUUUAAUGAGGGACGUGUGUGGGAGUCUGCUGCAGGUUCGGGGAAUGGUUCUCCUACUUUGGGAAAAGAGGCAGAACCUUCAUGGACAGACUUCUUGGAAAACAAAAGGCAAGGCCUGGCGAUUCAGCACUGCCUUCGGCACAGUGAGUGAGUGGAAGUUUGCAGAAAUUGCCAGCAUGGCUGACCACUUGAAAGACUGUCGCUACAACACAGUGGAAAGGACAGGGGAGGCUGUGCCCCUGCCCUGCAUGUGUGUGACACGGGAGCUUACUAAAGGAGGACGACCUUUACGUUCUGUCCUAAAAGCAGUCCUCUAAUCUCUUUGCUCACUGACGAUGUACUGCAAGCAAUUCUAAUCUUAAAUGUGAUCUGUCAACUUUGUAUACAAUAUAUUUUGCUUUGAUGUGAAAUUUAUUUUUGUAGUACAGUACCUGUGCUGUCGUGAUCAAGGCAAUGAAAAAGUCUUGAUGAAAGAAACAUCGAACUUUCGGACAUUUUGUGAGUGAAACCUCUCCUUACUGGAGUCUUCCAUUUGUACAUACGGUUUCCUGCAUGGAUCUUGCCUUUAAAACCUCUUGCUAUUUUAUCCCUCCUCUCAGCAAUUGUAUAUCUUAGUGAAUGUCGGACAUAUGAAGGAGGUAUUUAUCGUCGUGAUUAAAUCCUGACCAAAAUAUGGCAAUGUCAUAUAGUCAUUUGGCAAGUCAGAUGUACAUUCAGCCCAUGUGGAAAUAACAUUGUCGUGAGUCACAACUUGAACACAUUGACUUUAGAAAGAUUGUCCUAUAAGUACAGUGAGCUAGCUGUUGCAAAGCAAUAUUAUACCUCACAUUGAUCAAAAGCUAAGGCAAAGUGCAGUGGAUUGAUAUUACCUAUACAGUUUUGCCACUUUUUGCACUUUAGUUUUAGUCUCAUUUUAACUAGCUCACCAAAUGGUUAAUGGAUUGAUAUCUGUAUUUUCUCGCUCAUUGUUUCUAGCUCUCCUUACCGUUAACUUUCUGCUUUUGCAAGUGUUACCUGUGAUGUUUGAUGGUUAGAGGGGAAAUGGCAGAUUUCUUCAAAACUAUAUCUGAGGGCUAUUUCCAGUCUUCCAACAUGAAAGGGCUGUGCUUUGUGAAUCUACUUAAAUGACUAAUUACAACAUCAAAGAAGCAAAAAAAGCACAUGUCAAUUUGAAGGCAUCAUUACUCAGCUACUAAAGUCAUGUAGUUACACUUCUGAAUGCAUUUCCCUUAGAAUGUCUUUGUUGAAGAAGUAAGGUGCCCAAUUUUGUUUACACAUAUUGCAAAAAAAUAAAUUUGAAUAUCCUCCAUCAGCCUUGGCACAUGAGACUCCUAUCGCAUAAUGUAUUGAAAUGGCCUCAUGAUUGAUCUAAUGCCUUUUCACAUAGUGGUCCUUUGUUUAGUGUGAGGGAAUAAUACAAGGACUGCAGUGGGUGUUGUGGAAAGUCUGUGAAUCCAAUUAAUGGCUUUUGUACACAAGAGUAUUCAUGGCUCCCAUUUGUGAAAUACAUAGGGCACCACUGCUGUAAAGUUAUGUUCCCUUAAAAACUGCUGCCUUAAACUCUACAAAACACUUUAAGGGAAGUGCUGUAUCUAGCUCGGUGCUAACAUUUAUUUACAAGCUCUUUGUGCUCCAAAAUGCAAGUUUGCACAUCUUAGGGCAACAUUUGAGAAGGCAUUAUGCUACUCUUUAUGAACCUCGUUUAAUUUUUAUCUUUUUUAAUUAUGUUUAAUUUUAAUUAUUUGUAGGGUGAGAAGAUACUAUUAAUAUCAGCAUCUGUUGCCUGAGCACCUUCAUUGUUUUAUUUUGAGAGGUUUAUUGAAGUAUUCAUUAAAAAUCUACCCAUUCUUGGUUGGUAGUAUGAGAACCAUAAAUAAAAUCAUGUUGUUGCAGCAAGUAUGUGUAUUUAACAGAAAAGUCAUCCAAAUGAAAAUGUUCAGAGUAGUGGCACACAGGUUUAAGUCUGGUUAUCUGACUGACAGGAUGGGUCAAGGCAGAGAAAUCUCUUGGAAACUCAUGGAGCCUGGCGUAAAGAUCCCUGGGGGUUAGUGUGGGUCCCUGACCUUUGGGUGCCCUUGGUUGUGGAUGUCUGAUCUUCAACAUGAAGAAUACAAAGAAUUGCUUGAAGAAAAAGACAGUGGAAAGGAAUGCUUGAAUUUGAAAUUCUUGUGCAUGAGCAUGUUUAAUUUGUGUAAUGGUAAAAACAAAUUAAUGAAUCGUUUUUCAUUAAUACCUCAGUUUCUCCAUUCAGUGUGUAUAGAUUUUGUUGCUGCAAUUUAAGGAAUGCACUACACAUUUUGAUGCUCUUUCAAUCUCCGAUAACCCUUGCUUGCAGUUGUGUACACAACCAAUAAUUCUAUCAUUUUGGCUGCAUUGCUUUUUAUUCAUUCCCCUUCUCCCUCUUCCCCCUGCACCCCCCCCCCACCAAGCUGAAACAUUGGUUCAGUAACACUGCAAUCACAUCCAUUACCAUUACCAUUUAGUUAAACAUUACACUGGUCUACCCAUAUUUACCAUGUUAGUUUGUACACUUUUAAUUCCAUGUGUCUAAAACAUCACUGAACCCUUGUGUUCUUUUCUGCUUUGAUAAUAGAUGGCAUUGAAGGGUCACACUAAAUUCUCUGACACAAUUAUGAAUGAAGUUUUUAAAUUAGCAAUCAAAUUAAACUUCACUUUACUACAUUCUGAGGUUUGGAAUGGCAGGAGUUUCUGUUGCGGAGAAUUCUUUCAAUCUCCUGCUUUUUCAAUGCUACACAUUGUUGAGCUUUUGUACUAAAUGUUUGAUUUCACUUUAAACUGCAAGAAUUUUAAUAAAAGUGUCA